UUGUCACUGUAAGUGGAAAUGGUUUCCUUCACCGGCGGUAGUUGAUUUUUUUGUCAUACUGCUUUUCUCAUAUAUUUCAAUUUUCUUUUACAUUUUUGUCAUCGUUUUCAAUAUAUUUUGCUAAAUCAUUUAAGUUGCCAUACAAGUCAGUCACUUUCACAAAAUUAUAAAAUUGUUGUUAAAGUUAUUUAAAAAAAAAAAAUCUAUAUAUUAUUGUUUUUAAAAUAAAUAAAUUGCAUAAGCCAAUUAUCUUCAUGCAGAAUUUCUAAAAUUAUUAUAAAUCUGAAAGAAAAAUCCUAUAAAAGUCUCCAUUAGCAAAGAAUAAUUCAACGGUGUUAAUGCGACGUGAAGAGAAACGAAAAAGGUUCCAUGAGGCGCUUCUUAAAACACUCUACCCACCAUCAUCUCCACCAGAAUCGGAGGAGGAAGAGGAAAAGAAGCCGGUGAUCACAUCAGAGAGAGCUGUCAGCUUGGGGCUUGAAAACCCAGAUGAUUUUGAAGAGGCUAAGAGUAGUUCUUCAACGAGUAAUGAGGAAGAUGAUGGAAGUCAAGCUGAGACUCAGAAGCUGAGUAGAGCUCAAAGGAAAAGACUUAGAAAGAAAAAGCUCAAGGAAGAUGCUUUCCGCCGUGGAAAGAUCAUCGGGCCUUUGUUACCAUUAUCUGAAGAUGGUGGAGUUGGUUUGUUGCAAACUGAACCCCAAGGUGUUCGAGAAAAUGCUGCAGACAAACAAGUUGACUCAAGUGACAAACCUGAUGAUGACCUCCUAAAUGCACUAACUUUGGGUGUUUGUUCAGGCGAUCAGCAAGGUGGUUGUAGUAGCAGUAAGAAGGCGAAGCAGAGGAGGAUUGCUAAGAGGUUGGCUAGGGAGGGGCUGAAAUCCACUGAAACUGAGAAUUCUGAUCAAGAUAAAGAACGUCAAGUCCUCUAGUACAGAGAAGUGCGAUCAAAAUUAAUAACUGAAAUUCUUUAACAUGGAGACUAGCGAUCAUCAACAUCAUGGGUUCUUGAGGUGAAGACUCAAUUAAUUAAUGUUUUCACCUGCCAGUGCCGCAAUGUUGUAUUUAUUCAACAAAGAAAAUGAUGUAAAAUGAGAGUAGUUUCAUUAACUUGAAAAUACCAAUGAAACUCAGGAUGGCAUUUCGGAGCUUAAUUUUUAUCUGAGGUUUACUAGUGGCUUUAAAUAGCAAUGAAACAAAUUAUUGAAAUAAUCAUUUGGUCAAAGAUUUUGUAGUUUGGUUACGCGAUAAUUCGGGUGAAAUUGGUUCAUGCAAUCACAUAUUUUAAUAUUAAAAUUCAAAUUUCAACGCAGCUUUUUCCAUUCGAUAAUUCCUCGGUUCUAACACCCCCGUCCC